AUGAGCUAUGUCCCGCGUGCACCGAUGCGGACGUUGGCCGCCAAAGUUGUUGCUGGGCCGCCACCGCUAUCGACGCAGGAGGCGAUGCCCGGUGGGAUGCCUGGGAUGCCGUUCUCUCCUUUGGGCACGAACGGCCCGGACAUGACGCAGCUGAUGCGCUACCUCCCCACCAUCAUGAAGCUGGCGAGUCAGGUUCCCGGGGUCCUUCUCGGAUUCCUUGUGACGAUGGUGUACAUGCUCAUGGUGGUGUGCCGAAAAAGCUUCACGGAAACCGUGUCGCCGGUCGCCGGCUUCCAUAUCUUUGUACUGUUCCUGCUUCGUGAGCUGAUCGAGCCCUGGAAGCAAGGGCAGGCGCGCGCACAGGCGGCACGCGCCCGUGAGGCGCAGCGGCGCUCCUUUACGACGGACAUCGCCAUGCAGUAUCGUGGGACGCUUGACUGA